AUGCCGCCACUUGGUAACCUUUCUUAUCUCCCGCUCCGCUCUUACCGGAACCGAUGCAUACAUUCAAACCUAUUUGUGCUGAAUCUUCCGGGCUGCAAACCGGCUUUGCCGAAAGCCACCCUCUAUCGCAAGACAGGCACAAUGUCGACUGCCCACGUAGACUCUCGUGAGUAUAUCGGCGAGUCUGGUCGCAAUUAUAAAAUUGAACGAGUUCUUCAAGAAGAAACCUUUCCCCCUCGCUGGGUUGGCCUUGCUAGUGCGGGUGGCCGUAAGUACGUAUUGAAAUACAUUCACCCGGUUAAUUUUGAAGACCUCGAGGAUGUAAAUAAUAGGCUUCGUGGUAGCGCUAACCACGUCCGUCUCUGUCAAGAUACAAUUCCCAAGAAGUCAGUGUUUGUUUUUGAGUAUCUGGCAGGACACCUCCUGCAUCGUGUCCAGAAGGACUUGCCUCUUGAAACAACAAAAAGGAUACUCAAAGAUGCUCUUCGUGGAAUUGCAGAACUCCAUGAUCAGGACAUUGUCCAUACCGAUAUUAAGGCCGACAAUUUUUUUGUUGACUGGCAGGCCCGGAAGGAUGGUAUCCUCAUUGAACGAGUGCAACUUGGUGAUUUGGAAGAUUCCGCAUACAUCCCUCCUGGAUCAGCGAUGAUUGGAAAACAGGCAGGGAACCCAAUGUGGAGAAGCCCCGAAGCCCAUGCCAAAGGGCCUGUGAAUAAGCCUUCUGAUAUCUUCUCCUUUGCGCUUGUAUGCAUUUAUGCGGUGCAUAAACGCGUUAUCCUCGCAGUGGGGGAAGAGGAGUUGGACGAAGGCGUAGACCCGUUAUCUAUUGUGAUUGAGCGCCAAAUCUCAUACUUUGCGGAUGCAGACGGGAUAGCUGCGUUUUUGAACUAUCUGGGUGAUGAGAACCCCUGGGUCCAGGUUUUUAAGAUCAUUCGGGAUGGUUUCGAUAAAGAAAACCCGCGCAAACCAUUUUCACUUUGGAAGGGCGCUGAUGAAGAUUUUAAAAGUCUCAUUUGCUCCAUGACAAAUUUCGAUCCAGCAAAGAGGAUCACAGCUCGCGAGGCGUUAGCGCAUAAGUGGUUUGAGGGGGUUUAA